ACACGGUCCCUGCCGUGUCCCGGGGCUCCCCACGGGUCCCCGCCACCAGUAGUGCUGCGCAAUUGCGCGCAUUGAUACGUCAGCAGCAACGGUCGCCGCAGCCGCCGCCCGGCAGCGAGGGAGACUCUGCCACGGUCAGACUGGAGGAUAUGAUGGUCGGAGAUGAUCCGUACGACCCAUACAAAGCUUCUAACUAUUAUCCCUAUUAUAACUACUAUAACUCCUACUAUAGACCCAGACCCAGGACUCAGCCCCGACACGGAUACGGCACCAGCUACCACCAGAACGGUCUCCCUGAUCUGGUUCCUGAUCCAUACUACAUCCAGAUCGCCACCUAUGUCCAGAGAGUACCCAUGUACAACCUCCGCUGUGCUGCUGAGGAGAACUGCCUCGCCUCUUCCUCUACUUACUCUCAGGAUUAUGACACCAGAGUUUUGUUGAGGUUUCCUCAAAGGGUGAAGAACCAGGGAACAGCUGACUUCCUGCCCAGUAAACCUCGAUAUGCCUGGGAGUGGCACAGCUGUCAUAAUCACUUCCACAGCAUGGACGAGUUCAGCCUGUAUGAGCUGCUGGACCCCCACUCUCAGAGGCAGGUCGCCGAGGGUCACAAGGCAAGCUUUUGUCUGGAGGACACUUCCUGUGACCCGGGAUACUACCGCCGCUUCGCCUGCACCUCACACACUCAGGGUUUGAGUCCAGGUUGUUAUGACACCUACAAUGCUGACAUUGACUGCCAGUGGAUCGACAUCACUGACGUCACCCCUGGAAAAUACAUCCUCAAGGUGACUGUAAACCCCAGGCAGCAGGUUCCAGAAUCCAACUUUAAUAACAACGUGGUUCGUUGUGAUGUCCAGUACACCGGCACUGCUGCUCACGUCUCUGGAUGCACCAUGACAUCCUACUGAGAUGAAUUCUGCAAACAGGCAACGCUACAGAAGAAUAAAGCUCAAAGUUACAUGUGACUUAAAUAAUUCAAUUAUAACCUGAUUAGAGUAAAAACAGGCCGGGUUCUUUUAGUCUAAAUGAAGCUUGAUUUAAAGUUUUUCAAAUUAUUGAGGCAAAUAUUCAUGUUAGAAUUAAUGGAUGUGGGUUAAUGCUCCAGGAUUAAGUACAUUUACUCUUUACUUUCUGAAACCUUAGUAAGUUUAGAGCUUCUAGAUUGGGGUGCACCAGCUAUUUGUAAAUCCAUGACUAAGUUUGUGUUUAAAGUCUCUAAGAGCGUAAUAAAUACUAACUAGUUUCAAAUCACUGAUUUAACAUUUGAGGUAAGAAAUGUCUUGUCUAGUAAUGACUUUAGUGAUUUGUAAAUCUUUGCUAGGAACCAUCUGUAGCAGCAUCCAAUCAAAGUGAUCUAUGCAAACUGUAAAAUCACCAGCUGUAACUUAACUUUCAGUAUAAGGGGGGCAAACAUAUUAAAAUUUCCUGUCAGUCUGUUGUAAAUGUAGGUAUAUCUGCUUUAUUUAUAUCCAUAUUCAUCAUUUAAGGGGCAAGGCCAUUAGUGUUGUCAUUUUUAGAGGUCACACAGUUCAAAUAACAGAGUUGUGAAGCCAUCAGAUAACACAAUGAUUUUAAGUCCACAGAUAUAUUGAUUGGGCCAACAAAGCAUCUUGUGCUUUGAUUUUUGUAUAAUGGGCUGCUCAAGCAGAUCACAUAGUGAUUUCUACCGACGUUCUCGAUUAGUCAAAUUGAUCAAACUUUCUUAUCUCAGCUCAGUCGACGUCAGAAGUUCAGUCAGUCACAGCUUUACAGCAUGGGCACAGAAAGAUCUCUAUUAGUUAAACUAAAUUUUAUUCAUAUAGCUUCAUUGCAUAACAGACAUUAUCUCAUUUCACUUAAGUCCCCUGGUUGGCUUGUGCUAGAUUUGUGUCAAAUUCUCAUCAUAAAUAGCCCUGUUGAUUUUGCUCAAUAAGAAUACAGAAUCUCAACAAAAGACUGGUGUCUAAAAACUAUAUUGACAGGAAAGAGGCAGAGGACAUAACUGAGCUGGAGCGGUGCGUGCAGGGCAACAAAUUUUCAUUUAGAAAACACUUUAUAACUAAGCUAAGGGAAGUUUAAAUUUACAAACAGGUGGUGCAACUGAAUCCUGGAAUCUUACUUGAGGAUUUCUACUUUUCUUCCACUUCACUGCAGAGAAAAGUUCCACAUUUAUCUAAAUUAUCUUAUCUUAAUUUACUUUGCAGAUUUAGUCUUUACAUUAAAUCUAAAAGAUAAGCAGUUUCUGUUUUCCAAAUGGGGGCACAAUUAUGGAAACUGACUGGGUCUAUUUCAUGAGAAACAAUCACAUACAUUGCCAAAAGUCAUAGGGCGGGGUUAAAAGUGAAUUUGUUAGUUAUAAAGCUUUCAGCCUUUAUAUUAUUUGUUUUUCUCUCUUUUGAUUCAGUUUUUUCAUUGUGUAUUUUAUUUUUCAAAAUGCAUCUUGAGAAUAGAAAAUAUUAUUACCUUAAUCUCUGAUCAGUGAGGUGAUAAAACCAUUUAUUAAUGAUCACAGAAUAAUAAUGUUAU